AUGCCAAGCUCACGUCUGAUCGCUUGCUAUCUUGGACAAGCCAAUACAAGUGCGGGCAACGGAGUUACAGAGCUCAUUUCAGCAUGUGCCUACAACGCAGUUGCAAAUGAAGUUGGCUAUUACUCCUUCACUAAAGAGCUUACUAUUGAGUUCCGAGAUCUAAGCACGAAGCCUUCAUUUACAGUUGCAGAGCUAUACCGGAACGUAUUCAGCAGAAUCCAGGCCCGUGGGCCCGAAGACGGAAGGGAACGACACCCUGUACCAAUCCACCUCUCUCUUACUCAGGAUAAACCUCAGUAUCCCUGUAGUAUACAACUUUCUAUUUGCCCAGGACAUGUUGAUGGGAAUAGUCGUGCUAAAAGCUCUCUUAUGGACGCUCCUACAACCCCGCCGAGUGUUCAGAAUAAUUCGAACGUUUAUCGUGGAUCGAACCUAUCCAGCCUACAGAGAGUUGAAGAGGUAACCGGCCACCUCGGUGAAGUCAGUGUCACAGAUUCAAUCUUGUCCUUAUCAACCAAUGUACCGCGAAUGCUUUUGGCUGUCUGA